AAUCAUCGAAAUAAUAGAAAAAAUCGCAGUUGAUGUAAAAUCGAUAUCUACGCGCCUCCAAAAUCCAAACCCAUCACUUCUCUUCUGUUCUGCCGGAAACUCUCUCACACACACACACACUCUGUUUCUCAACCAAUCAAAAGGUGAUACUUUGAAGCUCAAUUUGUGGUCCAAGUUUCCACCUUUUUGCUUCUUUAAUCUAAUUUUGGUUAGUUUUGUAUCAUCUUUUUUAUGUUUUGGUAAUCGGGGUUUUAAUUUUAGGGUGGUUUUAGAAGAGGGGUUUGUCUGGUUGAGAUUCAUGGAAGACAAUUUAGGUUCGGUUUCGGAUUCGGUUCCUUUAGAUAAAUCUAGGGUUAUUUCUGUUAAGCCCUUAAGAUGUCUUGUUCCAAUUUUUCCGUCCCCAGCUGCUUCGUUUGCCACGCCGCAGUCUUUGCCUUUUGCGUUUGUAGCUCCAACGGGCCCAUUUCCUCCGGGGGCGUCAAAGUUUUUCCCUGUUUUUGUUCCCAACGAGCCUCAGGGGCAAGGUAGUGGGCCAAAUGGCCCGAAUCUUCCCACUGGUUUGAAUGUUCCCACUGGUCUGAAUGUUCCGACUGCUCUGAAUAUUCCAAAUGUUUCGAAUGGUCUGAAUCAGGGAACGCCUGACACUAUCCCGUCACCAGUUCCUUUGAAUUCUUUUAGGACACCGGCUUCAGCAGAAAAUAAGUCACCUGUUCCUUUGAAUUCUUUUAGGACGCCGACACCAGUACCGGCCUCAACAGAGAACAAUGUGGUGCGUAGAGGAAGACCGAGGGGGUCUAAGAAUCGUGAAACACAUGAUGAUGUACAUAUUGAAGAUGAUGGUUAUGAGAAUGGGUUCACUAUAGAUACAGAGGACAGUAGUGAUGCCAUCAGGAGAAAGCGUAAAGCUCGGAAGGUUGCCAAGGGUCCACAGGCAGUAGCUGUUUCUAGCUCUGAAGUUGAUAUUGAUCCAUUGGUUAACCAUCUUUUGAGAUCUUUUAAUCUUGUGGAUAUCGAUACGUCUCUUCAGGCUGACAGUGAUCAAGAUUUGGUACAACGGGUAGUCAUGGUUUAUAACUUACUCAGGAGAAAGAUCCUGCAGCUUGAUGAUGCAAGAGGAGUUAUACCUGGUAUAUCAAGACGGGCAGACUUGAGGGCAGGUACAAUCUUAAUGAAUAAAGGAGCUCGGGCUAAUACUAAAAGACGGGUUGGUGCAGUACCUGGUGUCAAUAUUGGUGAUGUUUUCUUUUUCCGAAUGGAACUGUGUUUGGCGGGAUUACAUGCUCCGAUUAUGGCUGGGAUUGAUUAUCUGAGUGUUAAGGUUAGUGGUGAUGAAGAGCCUAUGGCAGUCAGUAUUGUUUCCUCUGGAGGAUACGAAGAUGAUGGAGACGAUGGAGAGGUGCUAAUUUAUAGUGGUCAAGGUGGUGUUCAGAGAAAUGAUAAAUUAGUGAUGGAUCAAAAGCUUGAAAGGGGUAACCUGGCUUUAGAAAAGAGCUUGCAUCGAGGUAAUGAGGUAAGAGUUGUCCGUGGUCUUAAAGAUGGAACACAUCAAACUGGGAAGAUAUAUGUUUAUGAUGGAGUAUACAAAAUCCACGAGUCUUGGAUAGAGAAAGGAAAGUCAGGUUGCAAUGUUUUCAAGUACAAAAUGCUCAGAAUGAAAGGUCAACCAGAAGGAUUUGUUUUAUGGAAAUCAAUUCAGCAGUGGAGAGAUGGUGCCAAUAAACGGGUUGGAGUUAUCCUGCCUGACCUUACUUCCGGGGCUGAAAAUUUGCCAAUUUGUCUUGUAAAUGAUGUGGAUGGUGAAAAGGGCCCUGCAUAUUUUACUUACUCUCCUAGUCUCAAGUAUGCAAAGCCUUUUGCUUCUUCUAAAUCUUUAAGCUGUAGAUGUUCUAACGGAUGUCAACCUGCCACUAACUGCCCUUGUGUUGAAAAAAAUGGUGGCUAUCUUCCCUAUUCUACUGCUGGUGUUCUUCUGAGUCAUAACUUAGUGAUUCAUGAGUGUGGUCCUUCUUGUUUAUGCCCUCCAAUUUGCAGAAACCGAAUCUCUCAAACGGGUUUAAAACUCCGUUUAGAAGUGUUCAGAACAAAGAAUAAAGGUUGGGGACUUAGAUCUUGGGACCCCAUUCGGGCUGGAGCCUUUAUUUGUGAGUAUGCAGGUGAAGUGAUUGACAAUGGAACCGAUAGUGAUGAUGAUUACAUAUUUGAUACUACCCGAACCUUUGAACCAUUGGAGCCCGUGCCUACUGAUGAGCCCGUAAAGACUCCAUUUCCACUAAUUGUCAGUGCCAAAAAUAAGGGAAAUGUGGGUCGUUUUAUGAACCACAGUUGUACACCUAAUGUGUAUUGGCAGCCAAUUUUGCGUGAAAAAGAAGAAGAAUCAUAUCUUCAUGUUGGAUUUUAUGCCAUCAAACACAUUCCUCCAUUGCACGAGUUAACAUUUAAUUACGGAAUUCCACGUGCUCAGAAAACCGGACCACAGAGAAAAAAGUGUUUGUGUGGAUCGACCAAAUGCAAAGGUUAUUUUUACUAACCAUCCAGAUGAAGUUAGUGAAGAUUCUCAGAUGUUGUCUUUUGUAAAAGGUUAGGGUUCUCUUUUUACCUUUAGCAAGUUAUUUAGUGCAUGUUUUUUGUGUUGUUGUUAUUUUUUCCGUGUGCUAAUUGUAGGUAAUCAGAAUUCGAACUUAAUAUGUUGUCAGUUAUGGUCAAUUUUCAUUCGUAGAGUUGAAGUCA